AUGGCCGCUCCACUGGCCGGAGUAAGUCCCCUGUUUGCGGUGUUCUUUGCCGGUUGUGCCGUUGGUAGACAUCUGCAGACGUCGGAUCCAAAUCAGGAAAUGACGUUUAUCCAGAAUAUGAACAGCGGUGCGUUGGCCGGUGUGUUCACAACUAUCAUUAUGGUGCCUGGCGAACGAAUCAAGUGUCUAUUGCAGGUGCAAUCCCAAGGCCACGCUCCGUCGGGAGUGCAUUACAAUGGCCCUUUGGAUGUGGUGACGAAACUGUAUAAGCAAGGUGGACUCACCAGUAUUUACAGAGGAACCGGCGCGACGCUUCUAAGAGAUAUACCAGCGAGUGCGGCAUAUCUAUCAGUGUAUGAGUUCCUCAAGAAGAAAUUCUCUGGUGAAGGCGCUCAACGUACAUUGUCACCUGGCUCAACAUUGCUGGCUGGUGGACUUGCCGGAAUUGCUAACUGGUCAGUGUGUAUUCCUGCCGAUGUGCUGAAAUCGCGUCUCCAAACCGCUCCAGAAGGCAAAUAUCCCAAUGGAAUACGAGAUGUAUUCAGGGAGGUGAUACGAGAGGAAGGGCCAAGAGCUCUUUUCAAGGGUUUCACUCCAGUAAUGCUUCGUGCAUUCCCGGCCAACGCCGCAUGUUUCUUCGGUCUGGAGCUGACCCUAGCUGUAUUCCGAUUCUUUGGUUUGGGAGUAGGGAAGACCAAGGAGAUCGAGGGCAUCAUAGAAGGAAGCUUCCCCUCAAGUCAAAUGUAG